CCUUGGAACUUGCUCUGGAUGUCGGCGCUGGUCGUCCUGGUAACGACAGCAGUAACAGCUCCCGUGGAGGAGCGGCAGGAGGCGGAGCUUACAGGGGAGGCGGAGGGCGACCGGUCUGAGGGGAUCGACCUUUCUGAGGAAGAUGAAGAUGAUGACGACUCCACAAAGAAGGAGGCAGGACCUCCAAGGGCCCACCAGAGCGCAGCGGGGGCUUCAGCAGGUGCCAAACCCGAUGUGUCGUCCGUUUUCGACAUUGGCGGUGCUCAGGAGGCCUCAGCUCCCGCAGGACAGUCAGAUGGAAGGAUGGACGCUACAGCAGAUUCUGACGUAGAGGAGACGCAUUCCAACGCCAAUAGACAGGAGCUGUCCAACGGAAGGGGCGGAGCUGAGGAACCGAUCGGUGCGGAGAUGUCCUUUGAGGGCGGAGCUUCUCCCCAAGAGUACACAGGUGAACAAACUUUGACCGACUCCACAGAUGAAGAAAGCUUGACUGAGUCUGAAGUCAUCAGCCAACCAGGAGAGCGUGCCUCUGACCAAUCACCUUCGACUACCAUCUCAGGUUACGCACGAGAGGACUCAUCAUCUUCCUCGUUCUCGUCAUCACAAGCAGAAGACUGGUCGCAAGCAAACGGAAAUGGCCGACAGACUCCACUCCUAGACAAUGAUGGAGUGACAGCUCGUCUGACUUUCUUCAGCGGACCACCGACGGAUGUCACAGAAAACAAGCGAACCGCGACCCCUCCCGUACUUCAACUAUCAACUUCGGCCGAGGACGUGACCCGCCCCUAUAUGGACGGCACGGGCACGGCGACCUGGCGCACUGACGCCGUUACCAUGGCAACAAACUCAGUCUUUUCAGAGCCAACAGGAACACCCUUGGACUCGAGUGGCAGACAGGAAUCUAAUGAAACCCAGAAGGCCGAUUCUGUCACUGAACAGUACAGGUCUUGGGGUCAGGAUCCUGAAGGUGCAGAGAACGUGGAACUGGAGGACACCUGCUGACUUCCAGCACAAGCCUCAAGUUCACUUGUCCCGUCGCUGUUUACGGUGCACCGCCAAAUAAGCACGUUCCAUCCGUUGUCUUUAGGCCCCGCUCACAGCGU